UCAUAUUCAACCCCUCUUGGCUUCAAAAGUUUACCUCAAAAGACUAAACUACAGCAUGGCUAUUACUCAAAAUCAUAAUUCCAUCAGUAGUAUACGCUCUUUACAAAGUUGAACAUCGACAUCCAGUUCACAACUUGCUAUCAUUCCAUAAACUCCUCCGAGGAGCCUUGACUGCUUACAACCACUCAAUUGUCUAAGCUCAAAGCGACGCAGGCGAUUUUUGAACAGAAAACAAGAAAAAACACCAUUCAAAGCUCAAAGUCACAAAAGAAACGAGACUGACCCCUAUCACGACUCUCACACGAAGAACUCAGCUCACGAUGAACAUGCAACCGCCCACGAUGAACCAUGUCGAUAGCGACACUGAGACUCUACUGACGAGUUACCCAGCCUCGAGUCUCUCGAGACCGUCUUCCAUCUCGUCCGCUCCCUCGUCUCUGGCAGUGAAGGGCGCCUCGGACGAUAAGCCCUUUGUCUCAGGCUGCCCCGUCUCCUCCCUCUUUGAGAUCCGUGACACGCCCACAGCCGGCCGCGCCGUAUUCGCCACACGCGACGUCGCCGCCGGCACCUUGCUCUGGCGCUCCGACGACCUCACGCUCUCCGUCCUCCUGCGGGAGUACAGGCGCGAGGUCUGCGGACAGUGUUUUGCGUACGACUACGGCAGAGACCUGCCCAUCCGUGAUCAGACUGUCGGCUUCGCCUUUUGCUCCGGUGACUGUCGGGAAACGUGGCGGCGCGAGACUGGCGAGGUAGGUGUCCAGGCUUGGACCGAGGUAAGUACGCUGGUCAACAAGAAGAAGAACAAUGGGGGCAGCAACAACGGCGGCGGUAAGGCGAGGGACGAGAUGGUGGAUAUCACCAAGCCAAAGCCCGCAGCCGAGGAGAUCACGCAGGCGUGGCAGGCGACCAAGGGACAGGCGGAUCUGAUUCGCACAUUAAGGACAGCGGAAUCGUCGACAGACAACGGCAGCAACAACGGCGUCCCGAUCACAAAACAACACCGCAAAGCCCUCCAAAAGGCCCUCCAGCAGCCCAUCGAGCCAGACGUCAUGAACUUUUGCGUCGGCAGCCUCGUGGCGCUCUACAACCACCCAAAACGCUGGGAACACGUCCUCUCCCUCGCCGUGGACUCGACGCCCUACAUCAACACGGCCGACCUGCACGCCUUCACCGCCACCUACCUGCAGCUGCUCGCCGUCCUACCUGUACCCUUACUCUCCCUCGUCACCCCCGAGUCCCUCUUCCUCAUCUCCUCGCGCGACAACCACAACGCGUUCGGCAUCCGGUCCCUCGAGGACGAAGGGUCCGAGCUGUUUGGCUACGGGUGCUGGCCCGCCGCGAGCUACUGGAACCACUCGUGCGGGCCGAACAUCGAGAAGAGGAGGGAGGGCAGGGUGUGGGAGUUUCGGGCGGGGCGGGAUAUCGGCAAGGGAGAGGAGAUGUGCAUCACGUACUUGGGAGGGGAGGAGAAGAAGUGGUCGAGAGAGAAGAGGGUUUCGACGUUGAAGAGGAAUUGGGGGUUCGAGUGUGGGUGUAGAAGAUGCGAGGAAGAGUUGCAGUGA